AGCCGCUCCAAUGGCGGCGGGGAGCGCGCGCCGGCGGUGAGUGAGUCGGUGUGGCGGGAGCGGCCCGAGCGAGGCGGGCCCGGCCGGGCGGGCCUCCCGGCGCGGAGCGAGCCGUGCGAGGCCGGGCUGAGGGGUGGCUGCUCCGCUCCGCUCCGCUCGCCGGGCUGGGCCCUAUGGCGGAGCACUGAGCUACCGCGCCCUGCGGGCUCUGAGCCGGGUCCGGCUGGCCUUGCUGCUCUUCGGUGUGAAUGGUGUAACCCAAACCUUGUCGGGUUUCGCUGUUGUUUGAGUUCCUAUGCCUGCUGAAACAAAUGUGCCGUUCUGAGAAGAAACUAAGAGCACAAAAAAGGAGUGAAGAAAAUGCACAGGUCAGAAGAUGGACAAGGGGGAUAGAGGAGAAAUGAAGAGACAAUGGCAAGAAAGACUGAAGAAGGUGGAAGAGCUAGCAUCUCACUAUGAAAGAAAUCCUCUUCCUACAGUUUAUAGACCAAGACUGUCCAAACCCUCUAUGCCAUCCUCUGUUUGGAAAAUAUUUUCUCGACAGGCUGAAGCUUUUAAUUAUGUAAAAUCCUGCGAAGAGGAUGUUCAUGUGUUUGCUUUGGAAAAGAACACACAGAGUGGACAGAGGUUUUACCUUGUGACAACAUAUGAAGAGCUUUGGUUUUAUUACACCCAAGGUUGCAAAACAAGUCUUAUGCAUUGCUAUGAAGUAAUUCCUGAAAAAGAUGCUUGCAAACUUUAUUUUGAUUUGGAGUUUUACAAACCAGCAAAUCCUGAUGCAGAUGGCAAGAGUAUGGUCAUGAAGUUAAUUGAGCUUGUCAGCCAAAAAUUAAAAGAAUUUUAUGAUGUAAAUUGUUCAUCAGAAGAUGUCUUGAACUUGGAUUCCAGCACUGAUGAAAAAUUUAGUCGGCACUUAAUAUUUCUACCCCAAAAGACUGUAUUUAAGGACAACACUCAUAUUGGUAACUUUGUGAGAACCAUUUUGCAGCCUGCCAUAAGAUUAAUGGAGAAUAGGGCUGCUGUGAUUCCAGCUGAAGAAGCAGGGAAUGUUUUGCAGUGUUCUGCAGGAACUGGAUUAGAUGGUUCUCUUAGAAACCUCACAGCUGUUGAAGAUGAUUCUAAAGACAGGCCAGCCAUUGCUCAUGAAACAAAGGAUGUGGAAAUGCCACACCAGGGAGAAAACUUGGAUUUUUCCUUCCUAAUAGUAAAGGAUAAAGAAGGGAACAGGCAGCUUUUUGUGGAUCUAGGAGUUUAUACAAAGAAUAGAAAUUUCCGGAUGUAUAAGUCAUCAAAAGCAGGAAAAAAUGUGAUUCUGAAGAUAGCAGAGGAUAAUAAGUUUAUCCCCAGCUGUGAAAAGGAUGUUUCCUUGGAAGAAGCUUAUUUUCUUUCCUCUUUAAUCUGCAACAUUGGAGUGAGGGAUGACUUAAAAGUUCUGUCAUCUGGCUUUUCAGAGGAGGAGAGAAAAAUGUCUGCUUUUUUAAACAGUAAAACUACCAGAAGCAGCAGAGAUCCCAUGGAGGGUUACCAGGGUUCGCCAUAUCCAGAAAUUGAUAAUUUUGUUCGUUCUUUGGUUAAUAAAGAUGGGCUACGAGGAGGGAUACGACAAUGGAGUUACUUCUCUCUCAAAGAACUACUUAUUUAUGAUAUUUCUGGUUACCGUUGGUGUGAAAAUAUCGGAAGGGCUCACAAAAGUAACAAUAUAAUGAUUCUGGUAGAUCUAAAGAAUGAAGUCUGGUAUCAAAAGUGUCACGAUCCUGUCUGCAGAGAACAAAACUUCAAAUCACAAAGUUUUCCACUGCCGCCUGGGAUAUGCCUCCCAGCUCUUUUCAAAGAGGAAGAAGAGUCCAUGCUAAUGGAUGACAGGGGGCACACAGAAGGAAAAGUAAAUCCACAUUCUAAUGUGUCAGACUUGUCCAAAAGCUCAGCAUCGCCAGAGGACAGCUGGUCUCAAGACUUCCUGUUGUCAGACAGUGAGUGGGAAAACGCAAGUGACGAUGCCUGUUUCCUAGAAGCUGCUGAAGACGUGGAACUAGCUGAAGCUGCAGAUGACAGGCUGAAUUAUGCCAUGGAAGAAAUCCCAGAUGAAGUUCUUCUGGAAGCUUUAAGGAAAGAAGACCUCUACACUAAAGAAGGCAGCUAAGCGCAGGCCUGGCCAGCAGUGAAGGACACGUGUGUGUCACAUGCUGGUGUGAAAGGUCCUGCGGGGUGGUUCCAAGCACCACUCCAGAGCUGCAAGACGAAGAAUGGAGUGCCUGGGUGAACUUCAGCAGGCACGAGGAGAUCAUGGAAGAUCACAUGGAGGCUGAAGAGAACUGGACUGAAAUACUCAUUAUGAAUGCUGCUCCAAGCUUAGCACUUUUAAUGCUCUUUGCUGUACACUUUCUGUUUUGUUAGUUGUAUGUCCAAGUUUUAUUGAGAAGCCAACAAAACAGACUUUUUAUUUCCAUAAACGAGAUUAAAUAAUUUAUUUCAAAUGCAAAUUUAAUAAAAAGAUUUGUUUAUUCAUCUUUGUUGAACCAGAGUCUGUGUUCUCUUUAUGAAUAUAUUCCUCUCAAGAUUACUUUAAUAGGACAAGAUUAACACUCAGCAUUGUUCAGAGUACAGAAAAGUUUUAUUAACUGUGAUCACAUUUCCUUUCAUUGAUAGUCUGAGACUAUUUGACAAUAAAAAGAUACAAUCUCUAAGUUGUUGACUUCUUUUAAACACUGAAACAAAAUAGAGUAACA